UCACUUCCGCCACCCCCGGCGGGGGUUAGGGCGGGGAGCGCGGGGGAGGGGGCGAGGUCCGAAGGAAGCCCGCCCGCGCCCGAACAGGGACUACAUUUCCCGAGGGGCCUCGGCGGCGGCGGCGGCAGCGGCAGCGGAGGGCGCGGCAACGUCCCCCGGAAGUGGAGCCCGGGACUUCCACUCGUGCGUGAGGCGAGCGGAGCCGGAGACACGACCAGAGGCCGAACUCGGGAUCUGACAAGAUGGCUGGGUUGCCCCGCAGGAUCAUCAAGGAAACCCAGCGUUUGCUGGCAGAACCAGUUCCUGGCAUUAAGGCAGAACCAGAUGAGAGCAACGCCCGUUAUUUCCAUGUGGUCAUUGCUGGCCCCCAGGAUUCACCCUUUGAGGGAGGGACUUUUAAACUUGAACUAUUCCUUCCAGAAGAAUACCCUAUGGCAGCCCCUAAAGUACGUUUCAUGACCAAAAUUUAUCAUCCUAAUGUAGACAAGUUGGGAAGAAUAUGUUUAGAUAUUUUGAAAGAUAAAUGGUCCCCAGCACUGCAGAUCCGCACAGUUCUGCUAUCGAUCCAGGCUUUGUUAAGUGCUCCCAAUCCAGAUGAUCCAUUAGCAAAUGAUGUAGCGGAGCAGUGGAAGACCAACGAAGCCCAAGCCAUAGAAACAGCUAGAGCAUGGACUAGGCUAUAUGCCAUGAAUAAUAUUUAAAUCGAUCUGAUCAAGUGUGCAUCACUUCUCCUGUUCUGCCAAGACUUCUUCCUUUUUUGUUUGCAUUUAAUGGACACAGUCUUAGAAACAUUACAGAAUAAAAGCCCAGACAUCUUCAGUCCUUUGGUGAUUAAAUGCACAUUAGCAAAUCUAUGUCUUGUCCUGAUUCACUAUUGUAAAGCAUGAGCAGAGGCUAGAAGUAUCAUCUGGAUUGUUGUGAAAACGUUUAAAAGCAGUUGCCACUCUCUGCUUUUAUUCAUUUCCCCCAUCAUGGUUUAAGUAUAAAGCACUGUGAAUGAAGGUAGUUGUCAAGGUUAGCUGCAGGGGUGUGGGUGUUUUUAUUUUAUUUUAUUGUUUUGAGGGGGGAGGUAGUUUUAUUUUAAUUUUAUGGUUCCUUUCCCCCUUUUUAUGGUGAUCUAAUUGCAUUGGUUAAAAGCAGCUAACCAGUUCUUUAGAUAUGCUCUCUAGCCAAGUCUAACUUUAUUUAGAUGCUGUAGAUGGACAAGCUUGAUUGUUUGAACCAAAAUGGGAAUAUUAAACAAACAUCACAGCCCUCACUAAUAACAUUGUGACUUUGCUGUCAAGUGUAGAUUCCCCCCUUCAAAAAAGCUUGUGACCAUUUUGUAUGGCUUGUCUGGAAACUUCUGUAAAUCUAUGUUUUAGUAAAAUAUUUUUUUGUUAUUCUACUUUGCCUUUUGUACAGUUUAUUUUACUGUGUUUAUUUCAUUUCCCAAUAUGACAAUCGUAUUUAAAAAUUAAAACUCUGGAUCAUUCUGUGUUGGUCUUCACCAUCUGACAAAUGGAAUUGCAAGAGGUGGAUUUUGCCAGUUUCUUUUCACUGAUGCAAAUUUGUGUUAAGAUAUUACUGAAUGGAGUAUUUAUAAACUGCCCCUGAGCAUGCAUAAAACAUCAGUAUCUGAUGACCUUUUUUUUUUUUUUUACCUCCUAGAAAUUUGAAAUUGUUUGUGUUGUCUGAUUAGUUAGAUGAUCAUUGUUGCCACAGUGUUUGAAAAUUAUUGUAUAGGACAGUCAGCAAAAAAAGCAGUUUUGACUGAUGUGUAGGACUUCACGUUGUGCCACAUUUUCGCCUCAAAUUUGGGUUAUGACCUUUUUCUUGGUUCUUGUCUGAAAACUUCAUGUGUAACCACUGGUGUGUGUUGUCACUGAUCUGAUAAUCAUUUGGGGUUUGCUGAUGCAUUUGUGAGUCUUCCUCAUAGACCUGUUGACCAAAUCUCAAGCAGCCAGCUUGCAUAAGUGUCAUCAGGAGCAUCAAAUCCUCACCCAGUUAAUGAUUUUUGCUUCCAUCCCCCUAGUAUUUGCGAUGAGACCUCCCUUUAUUUUUUAAUUUGGUAUUCAGUAACGUUUUUCUUCAUUGACAGAGUUCCUGUCCUCACAAAACUGUUUCCCACAUCUCUCCACAGCCUUCCUGACUCUUGUUAUUUUUAAGUCAUAAAUGUAGCCAGUCAAAAAUAUGUAACUGUUAACCUUUGGGUUGGAAUCUGUGUCUCUUGCAGUUUAAGGUAAUGGAUAUUGUAGCCCACCUGAAUUUUCCUCACUCUUAUUCUCGUAACUUCUGGAGUUUCUUCAGAACGUGGUGUAUUUUAUUGUGCUCCUAUGUAAGAUGAAGAAUAAUCUAUUAAAAUUACAUUUUCAACAUACAAAAGCUUUUGAUGACUGGUAACUGGUAUCCUUCCAAGUAAAUGCAUUGCUUGAUAACAAAUGUUAGUUUAAUUCAAAAUAAAAUUGUUAAUAACCCUAAUAUUAUAAAUUUUAAAACUAUUAACAGUAGUUGUCAUAACAAUUCUUUGGCUGUUUAGAGGGCAUCUUUGACUAUAGCUGAUGAAACAAAAUCCCACUCUAAAAAAAUGAACUCCACAAUACUUGAAGCAGUUAAAUAGAGGUCAGCAUUAUUUACUGCAGGAAACACUGCUUAUGGUUAUAGCUAGUGUUACAUAGUGAUUUACAAAUCAUGAAAUUCCAGAUUUAAGUCUAUUGUACUACAGAAAUUUAAUGUAGGAUUCUGUUGACUGUUGAAUUUGUGAGUCAUAGAAUUAUAGAAGUGGAAUAAGUUACUUCAUCUCAAAUAUAUGAAUUCCUAAUUUCAUGGCAUCACAUUUUUUCCCUUUGGUUUUGAUAAGAGUUCCCAUAAUUUUGAUAAGACUUGCUUUCUCAACCAGUGGGAUGGAACAACUUGCCAGUGUGUUGACUGAGCUUUCUUGCCUCUGGGAGAGGCCAAGGCCAAGGCCAAGGCCAAGGUUGAAAACUGGCAGCUACCUCUGGUCUGCGGGCCUGCUUUCCUUUGACCACACAGUAUGGUUGAUUAAAAUAUUUCGAAUUUGAUGCAAACAUUUAAAAAAUUUGGGAGAUUCACAUGAAAAUCCAGAAUUCUGGUGACUUUUGGAUGGUAUGAAGAUCUGGCAGUUGUGGACCUGACCCACCUUUAUGCAUGGCACCUACUGGGAAGAGCUGAGUAGCAGCUACCCUAGGAAGAGCAUGCCUCUUACCUAGUCUCUCUCCAGUUGGCUGAAGUCCCCUCCCAGCCCACCUGCUCCUUUAUAUAGUUCUGUUCCCUUGUAAGCCUUUUGACUUUGUAGCCAUCAAGCUAAAGGAAACAGUUCAUUUACUCUACAAAUAAAAAUGUUUAAUGUGUGCCUACUACUUGUUGGGGAUGAUUAGGUGAAUGAAUGGCAUGGGGCUUUCCCUUGGGGUCCUUAUACUCUAAUGGAGGAGGAGGACACAUACAAAUAGUUGCAACUCUGUCAUGGAUAAGUCUCAUGUACUUGGAGAGGCUGCUCUUCUGGAUUCAAGUCACAUGAACAGAGCAAGUGCAAAGCCCUGGGAGAGAAGAGAAGAAUCUGAACAUAUUGAUAAGUGGCUUCUUGAAAAUCAACUCUGCCCAGAGGCUUUUUUGAAAUCUUGAGGUGUUGUCAAGCUUUAUGUUUUGUAUUUGAUUUGUUGUAGUCUCAUUUGCUGUGAUUUGCUUCCUCACUAAUUAGCCUUGGUCUUCUCAGAGGCUGCUUAAUAAGAUCUUAGAUCUGAAGUAUAUGGAACUUAUUAAACUUUGCUCUAGACUGAGAAUGUACUUGUAAAACAAUUUCAAAAGUACCAUUUAAAAAUAAGAUUAAAUACAAAUCAAUAUAUAAAAGCCACUGGUGCUGUGGUUUAGCACUGUUUUAAGGAAAAUGGGGAAGGUAAUUUGGUGUCCUACGACAUUAAAAUACAGUUAGCUAAAUGGAAAUAAAUGGUGUCAUAGGAACAAUAGAAUUGGCUUUAUUUUUCUAUUUGAUGGUUCAGGAAUCUUUUUUGGCUACUUUAGCCACAUCAAUUUUUGUUAGUUGCAGUAGCAGAGGUUUAAAAUACAACCUUAUCUAGAAAAGCUGGCUCCCAAUUCCCCCAAAAAAGACAAUGUCAUGAUCAUAGGGUACCUAAUUCAUCGAUCUGUUAUGAAAAAUGUAAUAUUUCAUUGGAAUAAUGUACUUUUGGACUGGGGGCAACAUUUCAUUUAGCUAUUUAGCAUGCUGCCUAUCUUAAGGAAUUAUAUCAGGUUUUAUAUUUCAAAUGACAAUGAACACAAGCAAAACAUGUUGAAUGUAAUAAUUUGAAAGUAUAAAUAAUAAAAAUCUAUAAUCCACCA